AUGAUGCGGAAGAUGGAUGACAGAAGUACAGAGAUUGAUUCGUCUUCGAACGUUUCAGACGAGGAAAAUCAUACAACAGGCAAGAUUUUAAUGUUUUAUGACUGAAUAACGCUCUAUUGGUGAUGUGGUGUGGUGUGGUGUGCACUAGCUAAUUUUUCAAUCUCACGUUGUAGGUGCAAAAUUUGAUGAUAUGACCAUUUGGAGAAGUUUGUUUUGCUUUCUCCCCAAAAUGGUAACGUGAAAGAGUGCCCAUUACCCAGAGACUGUCUGACUGGCCUCAAAUGAUGGCAAAUAAUCUCCAAUUUUAGAGAAUCUUACUUUAAACUUUGAUAACUUCUAUCUGUAUAUUUUCUCGUGUAAAGGUGUUGUUAGGGAUAGCAGAAGCAGAGAAGGAAAGAGCAAAAGAAAUCUAAUUGGUUUUUGGUGAGAAAAUUGUCCCAUUUGAUCAACACUAUGAUAUAUAAAUGCAUAAUAAUUGUGAUUAGUAUAUGUUCCCACUUUAAAUUCAUGAGACAGGCCAUUAAAAAAAAAAAAAAAAAAAACAUUCCUAAAUUUGGUUAUCUAACCGAAUUAUUCAAAGUAGAACAGAUUGAACUGAGAGCUCAACAAUCGCGUAUUUACAAUGUGAAAGAGGGAAUCAAAUUUGUUUUGGUAGUUCAAUGCUCAUCCAGCGUAACAGCUGUAUGUUUGGUGCAGUAAAAUUGUUAGAUAGAUGUUAGAUGGUUUCUGUAAGUUCCUUGCACGUUGACUCAGAACCCAGUUAAAAAUAAAAAAGUAUUAAAAAUACUGUUAUUAGCUAAGGUUACCCACCCUUUUCUUAUUCAUCUACCAGGCUUCUUGGCUUAUGUAACAACUUUGGUUAUGUGGUUAUGUUGAGUGCUGCUCAUGAUAUUCUUCAUCAAGAGAAAACCAGUGGGCAAGGAAACCAAGUAAGGGUUUGCAUUCUUCCUUAAAUAUUAAUUUGUGUAAAGCAUAUUAUGAUUCCACUGUUAUGUCAUUUUACCAUAAAACAGUAAUAGAACAUGCAAAAUAUGCAAUGGUAGUACACUAUAGAGCAAGGCAAAAAGACAGACAGAAACGAUUUGUGCAAUCUUUGAUUUCUUUUUGAUUUGUUAGACUAGAUAGAUAUCUGUUACUGUUAGUGCGUGCACUAUGAUUGGUCAAUUUAGCAGGCUGUAUUUCACUGUUUGAACCUGCUAAUUUAAAAGCUUGUUUGAAUUGAAAUAUUCUUCCCUCUAUUUGAACCCAGAGAUGGAAUAAAUAUCUUAUUGACUUUGUUUUCUCAGUUUGUAUUCUAAGCUAUGAAACCUUGUUCACAAAUUAAAGCUUCUUAUAUACAUAAUUUUAUACACAGUGUUUUGCCGCGUAAAAAUCUUGAUUUAUGUUUUUUAGACAUCAAACAACACAAGCUUGACAUUGGAUGUUACUGAGUCAUUCAACUCAACUGAUGGUUUAAAGUGCAACCCUUUGUCAACUGGGGUAUGGAAAGACAAUUUUGCAUUAAUUGAAAGUAAUGUUUUUAUUAAAUGCACUGAUGAAAUGAUACAUAGACAUGCAUGGAAUUAUGCUUAUUUUUUUUAGGGUCAAAAGGGAAGGGGGUAUAUGACAUCUUCAAUUUUAUAACAUUUCAUUUGACAUGUGAAUGUUAUUUUCAGACAGUUUUGUUGGCUGAUAUUUUACCAACACUCGUUAUCAAGAUUACAGCACCAUUUUAUAUGCAAAGAAUACCUUACAGGUGAGAUAAAAAGAUCAAAUUUAUUAUCAUUUGUUCUGAUGAACAUCAGAGAAAGAAGGAAUCAAAGGUGUGUUGAAAUAGACAUUCUUAGCAAUAUGAGAGGCAUAUGGUUUAGUCUAUAUGCCGCUUUUGAAAAAGCUCUCAAGCGACCAAUUAGACAGGCUACCAAAACUUCAUCAAGUACAAAAACUACUGCAACUGCAAACAAACUACAUUAACUACAGCAAGUACUGUUAAUGUAGUAAACUAAAUCUACCACUGACAACAAACACACAGGCACGCUGAGUAGAUCAAAAACAUCUGCAGCUAUACAAAUGUGUACAACAUUGCACAAAAAAAAAAAAAAAAACCAGCAAGAGCUCCAAAUACAGGAACUACACAACUAAAUGCAACUGCACAAAAAACACAAAUUCCUACAACCAGGUAAAGCACUGCAACAAAACCACAAAAACUGCAAAAUAAAGCUUUAACCGUAAACUAUACCCUAAGAUUAUGUCUCAAUGGAUGUCCCAGAUUCUUUAGCAGACAUUGUGCUCUAAAGUUGAGAAUUAUAACACCUCCAAGGUUUUGAAGUAAACUUUUUAUUUUAAUGCAUACCUGGCAUGUUCACCAUUUAUAAACACAAUGCAAACUAUAAUUAAAAGUAUUAGUACAGAAUAUUCCUUGUUUAAGAGAUGAAAUGUGUGCUUGUAGGCACUGACAAGUUUAAAAAUGGGGUCUUACAAAUGAAGUGAACACUGUCUAGAAACACAGUCUAGGUAAUUACUAUUUACAUUAGCUAGUGCUAGGAUUAUGAACAGAUCUUUUUGGUACUAGCAGAUGAUACUACAGUCUUAAUACAGAGCACCUUACAUGACAAGCAAUGAGUGACAUAAUACAUGUAUCUGCAACAACUUUUGAAUGCAUUUUUUUUUUCAAUUAAGGGAAGUAAUUGAGUAUUGAAUUUUUUUAGUUAAAUGUUACCUUAUAAUUAAACUCUCAGUGCACUUGCUUUUUUUUUUUUUUUUAGUGUGCGCAUGGCAAUAUGUGUUUUGUUUGCCUUUGCAAGUUUUGUCAUUGUGGCCUGUUCUCAUGCACUCUGGUUUAGUUUGUUAGGUGAGAUUUAUUUUCUAAAAGUGAGUUGUACAUGUGUUCAUAAGUGUUGAUUGAAAUGAAAGAGACACUUAAUUAGGUUGUAGAGGACAUCAAAGGUCACAUUCACUUUUACCAUCAUCAUUGAUAUUACUACAAUUACAAUUAUUACUGAUGGCACUGUUGGGGUAAAUUAAUUAUAUUAUCAUGUAAUUCUUAUUGAAUCAAAAGGUAAUCAGUAUCAAAUGGUUUGUACAUUUAGUUUGUCACAAAAUGAUAUUUUUUUCAAGUGGGUGUUAAUCUUGCUUCAUAGGUAAAGUCGGUCUUUUUUCAAGCUAAGCACCCUGCUAGCCAGAGCUUUUCCUCAGCUGGUUUCUGUAGCAUGAAGCAACUACAAUGUAGGAUUAUUACUACUCUCCCUUGGAUGGGAUGUCAAUCCAUUUAAGGUUAUCCCGCAGCAGUUUAUCAGGCUUCCCUGACUUGGCUUAAUACUACCCCUAUAUACUCCUGGUCAGGGAGAGGCAAUGUGAAAGACCCAGAAAGGAUCAUUAACCCUCUAAACCCUAAGAGUGACCAGCUUCUAAUUUCUCCUUACAAUGUUAGCCCUGAAUCAAACAUUAAGGUCACAAGAAUCAAAGAAUUGAUCACCAACUAAAAAACCUCUUGACUGUUAAACAAAUUCUCCUUGUCAGUGCCCUAGGAAUUGUACAGAGAACAGUAUGGAGAAUGUGCAUACUGAUCUUAGUGUGUAAAGGGUUAACCACUUGGUUACUGAGCAUCUCCCACAAUCUUGCUUCAUGUGUAUUUUUCUGUUUGUCAUUUUGGUUGUAUCUCUUCUCUUUCCUUCUAAUUACCUUCUACAACCAAAUAUGUUCAAUGUUAUUUUCCAUAACCUGUGAAACAAUUAUAAUUUAAUUUUGCAUGUGGCACAGCCCCUUUCUAGGCAUUUUUCUACCUUUUUAAACUCUAUUCUUGUCAUUGCAAUGUUAUGUAAUGGUUCAUUUUUUCUUUUUGAAAUUUGAGAAAACAAUAAACAAAAAUAAAAGUGAAAUCUGGUUAUAAAAUGAUCUAACUAAGGAAAAAGAAAUGAACUGCAUCAAAUCCAAACCUCUUGUCAUUAUCCUCCCUAGAUGUUAUUACCAGUUGGGAAUAUUAUUUUUUCAUUUUUUUUUUAUGUGAAGAAAUCAUUAUAAAACUCUCACCUUCACUUUGAGUUUAAAAUGUUCUCCGUGUAUUUGUAUUUGACCCUGUAGGUGUGGUAUUUGCCAGUAUAAGUUCAGGGUUUGGAGAAAUCACAUUACUGAGCUAUUCAGCUCAUUUUGACAAGUGAGUAAUGUUUAUUAGUUCCACUGGGACUCUACAUAAGCACCAUAUCCAUAGUUAAAGGUUGCCUGUUAUACAUAUUCAUUUUGAGAAGUAGCCACCAGGUCUGUGUAGCAUGCAGUGAUUCACAGCUUGACUGCCUGGCAAGCUUCAUGUAGUGGCUACUAAUGGCAAAUGCAGUAGAUGGCUAUUUACAGGAGCUUAUUCUUGUCAAGAUCUUUGAAGUUCCUUGAAGAUCUUGGCCAAAAAAAAAUAAAUAAAUAAAAGAUCCCUGAAGAUCUUGAUAAGAAAAUAAAAGAUCCUUGAAGUUCUUUGAAAAUUCCUUGAGAUUUUUCAAAUAUCUUCACAAAGUUCCUGUUAAGGAUCUCCUAAGGUUCUUAUGAAGAUUCAUUAGGAUCGUUAAAGAUCCUUCGAAGAUUUUCACCAGGGAUAGCUAGCAAUAAACACUGGGAAAAAAGGAGGAUUGACAGAACAAAUGCUUUAAUGCUUAUUGGAUUGUUAAAUGACUUAGGCCUCUGGUUUGGGUAAUUGAGUUGCCUGAAUCAAAGAAUUAAUCUAAGUUGUUAUAUUUAAAGAUUUCAGUACAUGUUAUGUCAUAUAAAUUGUGAGUAACCCUGUUUUUUGUAUUCAUAGAGAUGUUGUAUCGACAUGGUCUUCUGGUACUGGUAAGCAAUUCAUUUCUAAGUAACAUUUUUACAGAUUUCUUUUGUACAUCAUUUUAAGAUAUCCUUCCUCCAAAACUUGUUCAUUUGUACCUAUGCCCUAUUCUCGUGAGUCUAUUGAGUCUUCUCCUCUAUCAGCUUCAGUGUGCAGUGCAAAAUCUUAAAGCGUGGUGAAUACAAUUUUGUAUAAAGCUGUAGAUGGGAUCAACCAAGAAGUGUUUUGAGGCAAAUGAGAAGGGGUAGUUCAUGAGAGCAUUUUGGUGCUAUUUUAUUAGCAUUUUGGUGCUAUUUUAUUAGCAUUUUGGUGCUAUUUUAUUAGAAUUUUGGUGCUAUUUUAGUAGAAUUUUGGUGCUAUUUUAUUAGCCACCAGCUCACAGUAUUCACAGCAAUGGACUCCACUUUCUAAUGGUCUAUUGGCAUAAUUAUCCACUUGGGAUGUUGGGAGAACAGAACUUGUACUUUUUGAGUGUUUUCCAAAAUCCCAAGUGGGUUGUUAUAAUGGUAAACCUAUUGAAAAUGUGGUUUAUUGUUAUGAGGUAAACUUCAAUUUUCCAUUGGUUAACAGUUGCAGUCAUGACAGGUUUUUGUCAAAUUAGGGUACUUGUAGUACUUCAUUUAUUUGAUAUAGAUAUUUAAUUAUUUUGUUUUUGUCUUUUUUGUUUUUGGUGCACUUUUGGCAGGAGGCGCUGGAGUGUUUGGUGCACUAUCCUAUGCUGGGUUCACUUUCGCCGGGGUCACGCCUAGAAACACAGUCCUAAUAAUGAACAUCAUACCAUUUACACUAGGAGUCACGUAAGCAUAGAAUUUCAUUGACCUUUAUUCUCCCUGUCCUCCCCCCAUAGUCACAUUUAGGGAAGAGAGGGCCCAGGUUUGAGAUCCAUAGGAGAGGAAACAAUUUACAUGGCCUUUGUCUAGUGAAGGGUUAUUUUAUUCCUAGUUCGCGUGUUCCCAAAACCCAGGUGUUGUUUCACCUUUAAAGUAAAUAAUUAAGUAUUUCUAAAGGUUAUUACAGUGGUAAGAAUCAUCCAAAAAACACUAAGGGAAUUUUUUUGGAGGAAGGGGGGGGGGGGGGGGGCAGGGGUAGGGAAUCCAUAUGAAAAGAAACAUUUUGAUACUUUGAUCCUCCAGGUAUCAUUUAAAGGUUAAAGACAAGCUAAAAUUUUGCAACCUUGAAAGAAGUCCCUUAGUCUUUACCUUUUGAAAGUAAUUUUCACUUUUGCUGACCAUUUAUCAACAUAUUGCAAGCUAAGUGGUGAUAAAAAUUCUCUUCUGAAGGUAAUUUGACUUAGUUCAGGUGAAUGGUUGACCUGACAUUUUUAGAUUUCAACUUUGACCGAUACAUGCACAGUUUCUUAAAAAACAAUAACAAAACAAAACAUUAACUAGUGUAUGAUGGUGACCAAAAAAUGGCAACAGCCUGAAAACCUAUCUUUUUUACUUCCAUGCGACAUUCAAGUGAAUUUUUAAGUAAAUUAUGAGUCGUUUGCUGCUGUUUUUUGGGCCCAAACGUUUUUGUGCGAGCUGUGUAAUGUUCGUUGUUUUUGCACUGGGCUAUUCCAAAUAACAAAGGAGAGUGAUGAAUUAAUUUUCCCAGUUGUCUACGGGGUGGUAGUAUUCGUAGUGAUGAAACGAUUUAAAAGUAUAACGUUCUACUCCAGCAGAGUUAGUACAGGCUACUGAAGGUACCCAUCUGGUCUAAGUGUUUUACUUACACUAAUCUGUUCCAUAUACCCCUUUCUCUAGCUACUGGUUCAUCCUCGAACAUCCCAAGGGUGUAACUGAACGAGAACCUUUGUUGGAAACAGCAAGGACAGAAGGAGAUGGUAAGGGUCACAUCAUAUGAACCAUGUGACGCAACGUGCCCAUUCUCUAUUUCAGAACCUACAUGUACCGAAUAUCUUUGAGGAGGCUAAACUUGAAAAUGCACUUUGUGCUCUGAAUGAGCUUGUUAAUUAAUGUUCAUGGCCCUCAAACUUAAGUAACCUUAAAAUGAUAGUAAAACGUAUUCCUAAAGUUUUUAAGUUAAGGAAGGCGAGACUUACAGUAUUUAAUUUUAUGGAAAGUUUAUUUAAUCAAUCGCGUUCCCUUUGUAUAUAAUUCUGAUUGUAUUUGUUUCCCUUUCCUUUUUUUUUUAUUUGGUUCUUUUCAGAGAAGCUCCCAGUGGAUCUGCUAACUUUGAAAAUGAAACUCAUCAUUACUAAGGUAAGCUUGUGAGUUCAUUCAUGGUGUCCUUUCAUUGAUUAAUGCAAAAAGAUCAGCACCCCGGAGAUCUUAUUUCCUUUAUCUUUUCUUUCAAUAGUCAUUGCUGAAGUUUAUGCUGCCGUUAUUCUUUGUUUAUUUUGCUGAAUAUUUCAUCAACCAAGGUUUGGUAAGUGCUCUUGUUUAAUCACUAUUGCAGUGUCAGGAAAAAAGCCACUGUCCCCUUUUAAAACGUGUGAACUUUUUAACUCAAAGCCGAACAUAAGGUAUCGUUUUAUGCAGCUGUCAAUCAUUAUUACAACUUCCUUUUACGGGCAAUGUGCGAACUUUGCAGCUCAGAGCCAAACAUGAGAUUUCGUUUCGUGCUGCUGUCGAUCAUUAUUGCAACUGCUACUUACAGGCAACGUGCGGACUUUGUAGCUCAGAGCCAAACAUGAGAUUUCGUUUCAUGCAUGCUGCUGUUGAUCAUUAUUGCAACUGCCGCCUACAGGCAAAAACCCUAACCCAAAAUGAAAUCCUUGACCAGAUUAAAGAAAAUGACCUUUGAACUUUUUAAAAGCAACAGUGAUGUUUCUUGGUCGGUCUACUCCAUAAUACACGGCAUUGGAAAACGUAUUGUUAGUGAUGAUGUCUGACCUAAUAGUCAGCUUGUUAAUGAAAUAGAGCAGUAAUUGGAAUGUGCUCUUGCACUUCGAAAUUUUCAUACAGACGGAGUGUUUUCCGCUUUUUUCACAUUACUUAUUAGUUUGCUUUCCAAUUAAUAACGCGUUCAUGGGCCUCUUAUUUAGUUAUUAAUUUUCCAGUUUUUUUUUUUUUUAGCAUGAAUUGAUAUACUGGAAUAAAAUCUGGCUAACGCCUUCAGAUCAGUACAGAUGGUAAGUCACUGUUAGAUGUCGAUUGAUAAGAUACAUCUACCACCGGUUCGUCUUCGCAAUCAGGGGGGGUGCAGAAAUGUCGAAACGUCCGAGUUGGAGCUCUGAUUGGGUUCAUUUGCGAGGCAACCCAAAACAUUCACAGUUCCUUUUAAUGAGGUGAUAUGCAUAGGGUUACCUGCCAUUAACUCUUUUUCCUUUCGAGUUAAUAGACUGUUAAUCGCCUUACGCUACCAACAGUUUGAAAGUUCUGGUAUAUCAUGUAAGAUCCGGGAUUUUAGUUCUUUUUCAUUUCUUUCUGAAUUUUCAAUUGUUUCUGUAACAAUUUGGUAUUCACCUUACGGCAAUUUGUAGUGUGAUUUGGAUACAGUGCUUGUGACACACUUCUUCUACUGAAUGUCAUACUUCCAGGAAUAGGAGUUGAAUUUUUUUCAAUUUUUUUGUAGGCAGAUUAAACGAUCAACGUUGUUCGUGAGGCGAAAACGUUAGAGUGUAACCUCACCUUCAACAAUUCAAGCUUAUUUUUUUCUUUCGGAUCAUGGGAAUAACCGUACAUUCGAACUCUCUUAUCUCUUUUUCAAAGGUAUCAAGUUGACUAUCAGAUCGGCGUAUUUAUAUCACGUUCGUCUGCUAAUAUUUUCCCCAUUAAAAAGAUUUGGAUACUGGCCAUUCUACAGGUGAGUGUCUUUGUUGGGUCGGUCGGUCAGUUAGUCAUUAGACUGUCUGUCUCUCUGUCUUUCGCUGUCCUUUGCUCUAGCCAUGGGCUAAUGCUCGAAACGUCAGCUUUGAAACUCUUAACGAUGGCCAAUUCACGUCAUCAACUCAGUUGAUAAUACAAAAUUACCUUGUUAUACUCUCCCACCGACACAACACCGCAGUUUCUUUAGAAACCUACUCCUUUUUUCAUUUGUCUCCCCGUCUGUUUGUCUACCUUUUUAACAUAUCGUAGGCAGUUUUAUAUAUUACUAUUCCUUGUAAUCCAGGUACACGGAAGGAUUGGUGAACGAUCUUCUGAACGUUGUAAUUUUAAGGAAACUCAUCAGUACCUCUCUUGUUUCGCAGAACGUAAAUCUCGUCAUUCUCCUUUGCGAAGCGUAUUUCCACUUCUUGCCAUCAGUGUGGAUUAUGUUCUUGAUUGUCUUAUAUGAAGGGCUUCUCGGAGGUGCUUGUUACGUCAAUGCAUUCUACAGAAUAUCACAAGAGGUAAAAUCACUUCAUCAUAUUAACAACAAAACAGAGAAAAAUAAGUGUUCUUUCAAGCUCGAUGCUUGUGUGCAUCAGGUACUUCACAUACCUUCAUCUCUAAAAGAUUCUCUGAAGGGGUUUAGGAGCGCUGUUAUAAGAAUGCAUUUAGAGUACCCACCAUAUCUGGUUAGCAGGGAACGUUAAAGAACCCACACGCUUCUCAGUGAGAGUAGGGAACGUAGCUCUUAGUGUUGUGGUCAGGCCUCGUCAUUGUUUACACAGACCCCCAUUUAAAUCGGCUCUGAGCUGCACUGGGCCAGCCUGUCUUACUACCGCAAACACAUACAUACAUACAUAUAUUUAUAUACAUCGGUUAAGAUACGAUUUGAGAUUCGAAACACGCGAUGGCCUUGCAAGGAAACCACGGUUAAUACGGGUGUGGUAAAUAUCUGCUACCAACCACUUCCACUUCGGUGAAUAUUUGUUCAAUAUCGUUGAUUCAGUCGAAAAUUCAUUCUGGUCAGACUUUUAAAAAUGUUUUCUCGACUGAAAAUCUAACAGACCGUCGAGUUUAUCAUUUCCAAUUUGAAUGUUAAAUGUUUGUGUUUUUGGUUAUCGAGGUGCAGGGCAUAUCGAUACUGAGGCUGAUAAGGUUCUAUUCCCUUACCUAGGUCCCACCGGAACAUAGGGAGUUCUCAAUGGGUGUGACUAGUAUGGCUGACAGCUGCGGUAUAGCAUUGGCAGGGGCUACUGCUCUGCCUACCCAUAAUGCUUUGUGUACAUACUGGAGAAACAAGAUCAGAAGCUAACGGUUACUUCGGUGUUUAAGUCAAUGGAUAGGUUUUUCAACCGAAAUCAAUGAAUUAUGGGAUGCAAGAAUGUUUAAAUUCAAGUUUGUAUUAAUAAAGAGGG